AUGAGAAAUGAACAUGGAAAGAUUUCUGUUUCUUCAUUAAAAUUUGUUAUAAGGAAUAAUAAUAAAGAGGAAUUAAUAUUAAUGAUAAAAGAAUUUGUUAUUUCUUGUAAUGAUCAACCAACAAUGUCAUUUAAUGAAUUAGAAAUUAUUAUUAAUACAAAUAAUAAUCAACAAAUUCAGUGUUGUGUAAAAAAAGAAAAAGAAAAAUGUUGUAUUAAAGGAAUUGAAUCAUUAUUUGAUUCAUUCUUUGGUCAUGAACAAAAUCCAUUAAAAAAAGAAAUGAAUAUUAAUAUAGGAAGUAUUGAAUGGAACAUUCCAUAUGAAAUAAUAAAUGGGGAUGAAAUAUUUAAAAAAAUUAAAGAAAUUAAUACGUUUAAACAAGAGUUUGUAAAGAUACUGACAUUAAAAACACAACUAACUGGUUGGUUUUUUUCAACUCCUAAAACAAAAGUAAAUGAAAUACCUCAAAUUCAGCUUAUUUGGAAUUGUCAAGAACCAAUUAAAAUGAAUAUUAAUAUUGAUAAUGGUAUUAAUAUUCAAGUACUACUUAAAUCAGAUAAUGAAAGCAAAUAUGGUAUUUGUAUUGAAUCAAUUCAUAUUUUUAAUAAUAAUCAAGAAUAUAUUGAAGUUCUUUCUAUUGCAGUAACAGAAGAACAAAUCACAUGUAAUAUACAUAUUAAAGAUAUUAACCAAAAUAGUCAGUUUAUUUCAUUCAUUCAAUUAAUAUUAAAAUUAGAACAAAUACUUAGGAAAUUCUUUAAUAUCAAUAAAGAAGUUAAAUUCAUGAUUAAUUCAAUAUUAAUUGAUGUUGGAAUGGAUCAAAUAAAUAUUGUUAUUCAAAAUACACAAGGGUUAUGGAUGUCUCGUACUCCAAAAGGAGACAUAAUUAAUGGUGGAAUUGAUGGAGAUCAAACAGUUGUUACAAUUAAGAAAAAAAUAAAUGAAAAUGAUUUUAUAGAAAUUAUGGAAAUGCAAUUAAUCGAAUUUAAAAUUACAACAAGGGAGGAAGCUAUAUUAAACACACAAAAUGUAAAAUUCUUUACUCCAACUAAUGAAACAAUAACCCCUCGCUUAAUUAAAACAUCAAAUAAUUUAAAAACAUUAAAUAAAUUUUAUACAUUAAAUGAAAAUGUUCUUGAUCAAUUAGAUCUUUAUCUUCGAUAUUCUCAUCAUUGUUAUUCAAUUACUAUUAACAAUGUUAUGAUAUUAGACUUUAAUGAACUUCAUUUAAUAUUUUCAGUGUUCAAUCUUUUAUUUAAAAUACCACAAAAUGAUGUAAAUAAUGAAAUAAAAUCAUCUUCACUCGACCAAUGUAUUCUACCAUUUAAUAAUAAAGAAGGCAAACAAAUAAUGAAUAAUGAUUUUAUUGAAAUUGAAAUUAAUUCAAUAACAAUUAAAGAUAACAAAAAUAAUUACACAGACAAAGAUGCAAUUAUUAGGUUAAGAUUUGUACCUAACUUUGUUGGUAGUGGAAAUUUUGUUUCAAUACUUUCUAUUAAAAUUGAUUUAAAAAUAAUUAAAAUAGAAGGUAAUUUAUACACAUUUACUAAAUAUAAAUCAUUUAAUGAUUUAUUAAAUCAAAUUCGUAGUGAAAAUAAAGAAACUAUUAUUGAAACUAUGUAUUGUUUAACUCCUCCAAUUGAUCAACUUAUUAUUGGAAAAAUUACUGUAUUAGAAAAUAAUAAAGAUUAUGACUAUUCUUUUAUUCAUGAUUUCAAUACAUUUAUUCUAACAAGACCAACUGAAAUUCAUCUUCAAAUAAAUCAUCUACAAUUACAUUUUUGUGACUCUUCUAUUACUUUAGAUAAUGGGUUAAUUAGAAUUAUUGGUAAUACCUCAAAAGAAAGAAUUUUAAUUGAUUCAAAAGAAUUAAAAUUUAAUGACUCUAUAAUAAUGAGGUUAGAUGAUGUUAUUCUCAUUGAAAGUAACGAUGAUAUUUGGAACAUUGAUGUACCACCAACACGUAUUUCCACUACAAAUAAUAUUGAAGAAAUUACAAAGUUUUUAAAUAAUAUUUUAAAAACAUUUGAGAAUGACAAUAAAAAACAAUCAUUUAAGUAUUAUAGUAUAAAUGAAGAAGAAUUUAUUGUUGAAGGAAUUGAACGAAUAGAAAGAAAAGUUGAUAAAGACACUAUCAAAUUAUCAACAUUUCCAGAUGAUAGAUUAUUUUUUAAGGAUGAAACAAAUGAAUUUUUUGGAGAAGAGUCUGAUCUACAAGAACCUGAAGGCACUCAGAUGAUGGGAUUUGGCUCUGAAGACACAACCCCUUCAAAACCAAAUAAUUCUAAAUAUCAAAUUAAUGAUGAAGAAAUUAAAAUUUCAUUAAAUAAUCAAGAAAUAAAACAAUGGUUAAGCGUUAGUUUUAGUUCAAUAGAAAUUGAACUAAACAUUAAAGAUAAAGAACUAAAUCAUGAAAAUAUUGAAACAUUAGUUUUAAUUAAUGUUGGUAUUAAAAAUGGAAUGUAUAAAAUGGAUAAAAGAAAACAAGCACAAUUAUCAUUUGAAAUUAAUACAUUUACUAUUAAAAUGAUAAACAUCCAGUUGUUAUCAAAUGAAAAGGAAGAAAAUACUCUUCUUACAUUAUCUUCAUCUAAUUCAAGUGUACCAAAUAUUAUUUUUAAACAAAAUAGAUGGUUCCCAAAAUAUUCUAUUUAUCCUGUUGAUGAAAUUACAGUCUUUUUUAAUUAUGCUCAAAUUGAUGUGAAUUAUUUAACAAGACAUAUGAUGGUAUUAGAUCGUUUGGUUCAUUCAAUUAAUAUUGAUGAUAACAUUUUAUCAUCUAAUCAUCUUUUUAUUAGGAAUUUCUCUAUUAAAGGAUUUGGUCAAAUUAUUGUUCAUUCUUAUAUUGAACAAUUAGCUAAAAUGAAUGUUUGUAAUGAAUCAUUUCAAAUACCAUCAAUAGAUAAGAUGAAUUUAAGCGGUAACUAUGCUAGUGUCUUUGAUUCUUUAUUUAAAGAGUUCUAUGAAAAGAAGUCUUAUAUAAAAGUAUUAUUUGGUAUGAUCCGUAGUAUACUCUCUUCUAAUAGGUCAACUCUAAUUUCUAUUUCCGAUAGUACUGCCUCACUUCUUAAUAAAUUCACUCAACCACAAAAUUAA